ACAUUGAACCAGAGUUUCAGGUGUAUCCUUAUAGUUAUGAUUUAAAUGGAAAAGCAAUUGAUUUAGUGAAGACAAGUACUGGAAGAAGGAUAGCGAUCGAAUUUGAUAACAUCAAGAUGGAAUGCAUUAAAUUGGACAGAGCUCAAGGUAGCUGGCAGGAAGCAACUCAAGUAUCACGAUCAUUGGUAGCAAAAUCAGAGGAUGAAAUUUUAAGCCUUGAAAUUAGUGAUCAUUACCGGCCAAAUCAAAAGACAGUUCGUGAAGCUUUAGAAUGGAAGAUUAAAAAGAAAAGCAACGAGUAUCUAGAUCCGUUAAAAAAACGAAACGAUGCUGAGUUGAGCU